AUGUCAUUUCUACUAAUAUAUCCGGCUGUCGCAGCUCUUACUUUGUUCAUUAUAGUUGUAAUAAUGGUGAUGUUGAGAUUUGGGGCUACUUGUUGUAAACUGCGUCACACAGCAUUUGCAAAUCAAGAAGAUUGGCUUGAAGAAGAAGCAUAUGAACAAAAAGUUUCAUAUGCCUAAAGAUAGUUUACAUGAAAUGAGAUACAUGAUGAAAGAGAAUUACUUUACAUAUACUAUAUUAUCUGUUCACAUUCAAAAUAAUUGUCUCAAAACACUUACUGAGCUUGCUAGUAUAAGCUGUUGCACUUAGAAUAGACUCUGUAAUAAUUAUUACGAAUGGAAAAUUUCACUAGUAGCAUGAUGUAUGAAAUGCAUUUUCUUACAUUUACAUUGAAAUGGUCUGUGAAAUGGCACACUCAAUGAAAUUGUCCUCUUAUAAAUAUAUAUUUUUAGUAUCCACAUAAGGAAUAAGAUAAAAGUAAAGAAUUGUGCAUAGUGAGUAUUUGAAUGUUGUAGUACUGAGUGUUAUACCAACCAUGUUCCAAUUUAAAAUAACGGUGAUGUAUCAAUUGUGUUGGAAUAAUUUGUCUCAGAUCUCAUAAAUCAACUCUUUACAUAGGCAUACAUAUAUAUAUAAAUGAAAUUAAUUGUUUUAAUCAGGUAAUUGAACCAUGGCAUGUAAAAUCUUGAGGUUAUUGCUAUUUUUACAUAAAACCAUUACUCGUGUCAUGUAAGAUUUUGUUUUUUUUUAUAUCAAUGAUAAUAAAUUAAGUAUUAAUUCAAUUCCAUGCCUAAUAAUUAUUAUUUAUAGUUGAUAUAUCAUUCCUUGAACUUCUCAUUCUAGAUGUAAGAUAAAUUAUAUGACUAAUGAAUUGUCCGUCCAUUUAUACUUUAUUACUGAGGUAGAAGUAUCUACAAUUUUAGAUUAAACCGUCCACUUUAUACUAAGAAUGUACAACUAAGCUGGCACAAUUUGUAUUUUAUUUUUAAAGAAAUGUAUUUCAUACUACCAGUACCAGAAUAAUAAAUAAGGAUUUUUCUAUUUUUGCUAGUAAUUGUAAACUUAACUUGAGUUUAUGUGGAUUUUCUUUAUAAUAAUAUCUUUAGCACUCAAACUUAGUUAUAAUAUUUUUUUUUAUUAUUAUGUAACCAUAACUAUUAUUAAUAUUGGUAAGUUCGUAGUAUGUAUGUAAUCAUAAGUUUUUGCAAUUGCAUUUAUUUUUUAUAUUUUACAAUAAUUAUGGAUAUCAAUAUCUUAUUUUUUAAUGAAUAAAUAAGUAAAAUUUUA